GGUUUUAAAAGCAAAAAUGGCAGACGAUGUCUUGGCACGCAUUACCCGGAUUUCGGAAAACUAUCUGGUGGAGGAGGAGCCAGAGGAGGACAAGAAGCCACCAAAGCUGACCAAGGCGGAGAAGAAGGCGCUCAAGAAGGAGGCCAAAAUACAAGCUGCCAUGGCCGAUAAGCGGCUGAUCAUGCGGGAUGCCCUGAUGCGGGAACUGGAGCUGGGGAAGCGCAUGGAGCAGCGCGGCACCGAGGAGUGGCAUGAGAUGUGUCGUGAGAUCAAGAUCCAGGAGCUUCAGGAUGAGAUCGUAGCUUGGGGCGAACGUUCCGAGCGGAUUAUCGCCGGCAAGAACGACCACAUCCAGAUGCUCCUGGAGGACAUGACCCAGACGCAGGACCAGCACGUCCGCUGCUACAGCAAAACAGUGGAGCUGCUCGACCACAUCCGUGACUGCUUCCACGUGAUGCUGGAGGGGGUGAGGAACGUGUACGCCCAGCAGGCCGACGAAAUGCUCCGGGACUACUACGAAGAGGUGCGUCGUCGAACCGAGGAGCUGGACGCCAUGCACAUCAACGCCGAGAACAUCAUACACGCCACCAACAUAACCACUAGGGACCAGAUCAAGGAGGACUACACCAUCUAUCUAGAGCAGCGCGACGACCGCGUAAACACGGAGAUAGAGAAUAGAUUCAAAAUCCGGGACCAGAUCGUCCGCCGGAUGUCUGAGAUGCAGCAGCAGCUGAACGAUUUCGUAGAGUCCCUGAGGAGCACGGAGCUGGAUGCCCACAAGUACGAGAAGAUCCGUUGGCUGACCGAAAGGCAGGAGGCCUUCAUGGAGGAGUCUCGAAAACUGAAUGCCGAGGAGACAAAGUACAUCAACAUGCAGGCCGACCUGCAGCGCGAAAUUCUCCGUAUGGAGGCGGAAAACAACUCCACCCUCAACGAUCUUCGAUUGGAGUUCCAGUACUUCACCAAUGUGCGCAAGAAGAUUGAGAUGAACCAGGAGAUGGAUCGCCAUAUCACCCACGAAAAGCUACGCAUCCUUACAGGAGAGUGCUACGAACUGACCAAGCAAAUGGAGAAAAAUGUGAAAAGUGGAGAGCUACUGUUGGCCUUGUCGAUCACCUGCCGGAAACUGCAAACCGAAUCGGAAAAGGUGAUCCUGGGAGGUGAGGUCUUUGAUGAAACAGAUGUGGCUGUAAGUGAUGAGUUCAAGAUUCAGACUCUGAACCUCAAAGACCACGUAGACAUGACCGAGGAGGAGCUAGUGGAGCUAAAUAGGAAUCUUCGAAACUUUUGGCGCCGGCAGGCGAUGGCUGAAGCUCAGAACUUACUGAUGCUGGAGGAAAAGAAGCGAUUAACUGAGGAUAACGAUCGUCUCAUUAACUUUAUCAAGUCCAUGAGUGUUACCGAAGAUCCCGAAGAGCUGCGAACAGCCGUCACUGUGGUGACCUGCGCUGGUCAGCCAAUGCCACCUUAUGUGUUUCAGAGCAAGUGCCAGGACUACCGCGCCAAGAAGGUCCUUAGAUCGCCAAUAGCUCACAAGGAAUUCAAGUGGGAGGCUGAAGCCACUUUGAAGUCUGUACUUGAUGACCAAUAA